GGGUGAAAGUCGUAUAUCAUUUCUCGGCUUUUGACGAUGCACAGUGGCUAAGCGUAAAUAAGCAAGUAACUAACCACAAGUCAGGAGGACCCCCUGGGGGGUAACAGCGGCUUCAAUGGUUAAACGUGGUGAAUUGAGGACGGACUCAUGAUAGUCCUCUAGGUGAUUGGUACUCUUCGGACGACUUAACACACCAGCGUUAUUAUACCACCAUCACACCAAGUGUAUUAUACCAAUCAGCAUGCACUUACGCAAGUAUCGCAGAUCCCAACUUUCCAACAUGCGCUACUUUCGUGGGUUGAUUAUGUUGGUUGUGGCACUCCUCUGCGUCUUUAUUCUGACUUCCCUGAAACAAACUAUCAAAAAGGUGUCGAGAGAGCCAUACUCACCUCCCUCGGACCACCUUCCCCCCAUCGAUAACCUCAAGGUAGAUCUACAGAACAUCUCUCAGAGACUCCUGCAUCCCCGAGCAUGGCCCCCACCGGCUCUCUCAGACGGUCGAUUCGACGAACUCGCCUGCAAGGGCGCGAAGAUGUUGGAAGCCAUGGCGGCUAGUGACGACGAGGCCGCCAAGAUCCUAGGUCUCCCCUCUACAAUCGUUAAAUGGAACGACUUCAGCGAUUUGAAGAAGUAGGGAUGGGACAGUGCCGACUUCAGUGCAUACUACCCGGAUGCCUGGACGGUCAAUUGCUCUAUCCUGAGGGCGUUUGCAGGGCUCGGGAUAUCGACCACCAUGUUUGACAAUCCG